UGUUAUUGCUAUAUCGUUCGGACCGCCGAUGGCAGAGGACGUCCCGCGCGCCCUCUAUACCGCUUUAUUCAACCGCCAAAUAAACAUUUGCACCGUUUCAAAACAACAACAAAUCAAUAAGUGACUGUCCGAAGUGUUUAGUGCCUGUGACUGAAUGUUCCGAAGAAUAUUAACGCAGUGUUCAAAAGUUGGUUAAAUUUAUUAAUUAUUGUAUAGUGCGUAAGUGUUUUGUGUUAUAAUUAAAGAUGACUACUGAAAUGGAUUUCUGCAGCGGCGAUAUUGGUCGACACGAGCUGACCUAGCCUCAGAUAAAGUGUGGAAUAUGGCGGUGAAGAUAUAAUCAGGCUAAAACAAAAACAGACACACAGCAAGCGGAAGAAUGAGAUAGCACAUCUCUGCAAGCCACCACCGCGACCAACGAUGCAAACGACGAAGAAAACCAACAGAUUAACGACAAAGAAAAGAAAGCCUAGGAUGUUCGAAAUACGAUUCGAACUGACCUGACAGUUGAAGUGUGUCAAAGACUAGUGAGCGAAGAAGUGGUAGAUGGUAAAACUGUUGAGAAAGACGAUGUUAAAGUGUUAGGUGUUGGAAUAAUGCCUGAUAGGGAAUCUGUUGGGGGUCCUGGCACUGCUGGCAGUGGUGGAUUCUUGCCCUUGCAGUUCCCUUCGGCGUUCGCAGCCUUCCACGCGUCGGCGGCGCCCGGCCCGGCGGCGAGCGCCAUGCACCACGCCUCGCACUACCACCACCAUGCACAGCUGGCGGCAGCGGCGGCGGCGGCGGCGGGCGCGACCCAGGAGCUCAGCUACUUGGCCGCCCUGCACCCCGCGUACCGCCCCGUGCCCUACGACCAUCCGCUGUAUGGGGCCAACACUUUGCGAGGGCUGGAGUACCUGAGUGCGGCGAGGAGCCUGCACCCCGAGCUUCAUGCCGGCAGCACGUUGGCCAGCCAGGACUUCCAAUUAAGUUUAGAAGGCUCAAGAAUCGCCUCCCCCACCCGCCUCCGUCUCUCCGGGGGCGCAAUAGGGGCCUCCGUGAACCGCAAGCGAGCGGUCUCGUGGAGCCCCUACUCCGCGGAGUCUCUGGACCUGGCGGCCGUCAUCAGGGCUUCUCCGGUGAGCCUGGCAGUGCGAGCGCCCUCCGCCGCGUCGACUGGCAGUUAUGGACAUCUUAGUGCUGGCGCGAUAUCGCCGGCUCUCUCCCUCUCGCACGCGUCGUUGGCGCAGCAGCUGCUGGCGCGGGGGGGCAGCGGGGUGCUGGGAGGGGGGGUGCUGCUCGACCCCGCGCACCAGCAGGCGGCGGCGGCGGCGGCGCACCACGCUGCGCACGCGCACUUGGUGGCUGGGAUACACAGAUCGCACAUAUCCUCGCCGACACAACUCCUGAUGGGUCCGGUGGACGUCCGACCCAGCCUGAACCUGGACGGAACCCCUCCUCAACAUCUGCAGCAGCCUCCACAACAACCAGAAAUCACCAGCAUUAUGGAAGCUGACAGUGCAUCAUCAGGCAUGACGCAGCGCAAGUCCCCACAGAGCCUCAUGUCUCACCGGGAGAGUAUGCACAGCAACAAGCCACUGUCAGCAGCCGCUGAAAGCACUGUCCAUGAUGGUCUGGACUGCAAGGAUGAGCCUGGUGACUUCAUCGAGACCAACUGUCAUUGGGUGGACUGCAAGCUAGAAUUCCCAACACAAGAUGACCUUGUAAAGCAUAUCAACACGGACCACAUCCACGCCAGUAAAAAGGCCUUCGUCUGCCGAUGGGUUGGAUGCUCUAGGGAUGAGAAACCAUUCAAGGCCCAAUACAUGCUGGUUGUACAUAUGAGAAGGCAUACUGGCGAAAAACCACAUAAAUGUACCUUCGAAGGCUGUUGUAAGGCGUAUUCCCGACUAGAAAACCUGAAGACACAUCUACGAAGUCACACUGGAGAGAAGCCAUACACGUGUGAAUAUCCAGGAUGUGCUAAAGCCUUCUCCAACGCCAGUGAUCGAGCUAAGCAUCAGAACCGAACGCAUAGCAAUGAGAAACCCUACGUCUGCAAAGCGCCUGGUUGUACAAAGCGGUAUACAGAUCCAUCGUCAUUGAGGAAACACGUGAAAACCGUGCAUGGUGCAGAAUUCUACGCCAGUAAAAAACACAAAGGAUGCAACCGUGGCGACGACUCAGCAGAGUCUGGUGGUGGCGGCGCCGGCUCCUCCCCGCGGUCCGAGGAGGGCGGGGUGCCGAUGGGGAUCAGAGGUCACACUUCUUCUGCCUCAGUCAAGAGCGAGAGUCCAGCUUCUCCUCCACUCAAUGGCUUGCACAUUUCUGCUCAUCAGUUAUCAGCACAAUGUGGUGGAGAGUUGGACUUUGGUGGUUCUGGACUCGGUGGCUUCAACGACGAGAAUGGUGCACCAUACUUCAGGUUUGAUGGAGAGGUGGAACAAGAAGUGGUGGGAGAAGUGGGCCAGCUGCCGCUGAUGCUGCGAGCCAUGGUGGCCAUCGGCGAGCCGCGCGCGCACCACCACACCCCUCGCUUUGGCAACAAGAUGGGCCUCGCUGGCAGGAUGAUGCCGCCUUCUCUACAUGACAUUGGUGGAGGAAAUCUAGGUAACCCAGGCAGGACAGAACUGGGGACCACCACCACCGGUGUGACGGGAGAACUGAAAGUGGCUAUCCCGAACACAAGACGAGAUUCUGGCAUUUCUUCAGGCAGCAGUCUUUACAGUGCCAGAUCAUCCGACAUAUCUCGCAAGAGCAGCCAAGCGUCAGUGGUGUCCGGCGCGGUGGCGACCACGACCGGCGUGGCGGGCGUCCAGAGGGUCAUGUCGCACCACACCGCCGUGUAUGACCAGCUGUCUCCAGAUAGCAGUAGAAGAUCUAGUCAAGUCUCGUGCGUGGGCUACGCUCCUACUCCCUCAUCAGCUCUUGCCGCCGUUCAGGCUGUACGAACUUCGCAAGGAAAUCAAGCGGUUCUUCUCCGAGGAGUGACGUGUUCGGAAGUGAGAGCCGAGGAGCUGGCUCUGGAGCUGGACCCCAACGUACAGGUGAAGGAGGAGGCGAGACGUCUGAGCGAGCAGUCCAACGUCAGUGAUCCCGCGGCGCAGGGCUACCAGCCGUACCCGUGCAACACUGAUGAUGUGGGUGACGCCCCCUUCCCGUUCAAGACUGAAGACGUGGACUCCCACGACGCUGUCAGCUACAAGGAGUCUCGUUCCAACUCCACCAACACCGUGGUCAUCACCACCGCCCAGGUCCAUCACCCUAACCAGGAGGUCAAUUUAGAACAGGUUGCUGAAGGAGAAAUGGUGGAAAACAAGCUGGUGAUACCCGAUGAAAUGAUGCAAUAUCUUAACCAAUCAAUAUUGGGAACCGAAUCGGCGACACCAGCCAGCACCGACCCCACCAAGCCUCCCAAUUCAUCAGACCCUAAAGACACUAUAGACAACAGUGCAACCAAAGACAAAGGAACCAGUGAUGAUGUCAACAAUUCCGGUGACAAAAUCAGUGAUGUAGCUACCAGUGAUGACUCUCUACUUAAAAACUUAGGUGCCAUAGGAAGUGAUCUCAAUAUAAGUGAUAUUCCGGUCGAUUUACGAUCAUUAGACGUUAGUAUGUCGGGUAACAGUGGCUCUCUAUUAGCUGCUAAAUCCCCUGAUGACAAAAAUCCAUCUUUGCAAGAACAAGUUAUACCAGAAGCUGCUACUGAUCAAUGUGAGCAGGAAAAAUACGUGAAACCAGUGAAAAAUAAUACAAAUAAUCAAAACAAUCCUCUACAGUCAUUGCAAAGCAUGGCUGGUAAUCAAACUAUGGACCCAUCAAACAGAAUGCGGAACAAUCAUAAUACGAUAGUAACACAAAAUCAGAAUUCUGCAAGUCCCAAGACAAUGGUGAUGAGUCCACAAACUCAAAUACCAUCAAAUGUGAUGAGUCCACAGAGCCUGGCUCACAGCAUGAUGAGUCCGAGGAGUCUGCCUCAAAGUGCGAUGAGUCCUCAAAGUGUCAUGAGCCCUCACAUGCCUCACAAUGUUAUGAGUCCACCAAGUGUCUACAAUGUCAUGAGUCCGCAAAGUGUUAUGAGUGUCAUGAGCCCACAACACAACGCUAUGAGUCCUCAAAGCAUGCAAAGCCUUAUGAGCCCUCAGCACCAAAUGCAGAACCAGAUGAUGAUGAGUCCAAGACAUAACAAUAUGGGUAGCCCCAUGUCUCAAAACAUGACCAGCCCAAUGGUGAAUUUAUCGAGUCCUAUGACACAGAAUAUGCCGAGUCCUAUGAGCCACGGUAUGCCCAGCCCCAUGCACCCGGGAAUGCAAAGCCCGAUGGGUCCAGGCAUGGCAAACAACAUGGUCCAGAAUAUGCCAAACACACAUAACGUUCCUAACCAGAUAAUGAUGAAUAUGAAUCAACAAGUUCCACAACAUCCACCCCCAAGUUACAACAGCAGUCGACAAAACUGUAACGUACAAAAAAUACCGAAUAAAAACUAUGGAAACAAUGCCCAGAAUCAGUACCCGAAUCCAAACUUCAAUCAACCUUCAUAUCCGUCACAGAACCCAGGCAACAUCAAUAUGCGGAAUCAGAACAUGCAACAGUAUCAGAUGAUGCAGCAGUUCAACCAAAACCAAAUGGCUAACAUGGCUGCUAAUCAAAAUGCAAACAUGUCAUAUAACAACCAGCAAAUUAUGAACUAUCAACAGCAAGUAAAUUACCCCAAUCAAAAUGCUCAGAUGCACCCAUUGCAGAUGUCUAGGUCGUCAGUAAUGAGUGUAGACAAUAGCGCCAGUAUCGGGCGAGGGACUAUGAACAGUUACUGUGAGCAGCAGUACCCACAGCAACAAAGUCAAUACAACCAGCCAAUGCCUUACCCUCACCCACCGCCGUAUAACUCGGUAGUCAAUAACAACGUCAUGGGACCACCACCACCCAAAAACAACCACCAAUACAACCAAACCAUGAUGAACAACAACCAAUAUUACAACCACCAGCGACCUUACAACCAGUGGGACUACCCCGGCAACCAAUUCAACAAACACAACGGCAAUCCAGCUCAGAAGUCGAUGCAAAACUCCGUGAACAUGUCAACCGGGAGUCAGAAACCGAACAACGGACGGACGAUAGUGAACCAGAUGAUGAAGAAUGCGGAGACAGACUGCAGCAUGAACAGCCUGAAGAGCCAGGGGAACAAGCCGAGCGACGUGCAGGUGUGGGACAUAUCGCAGUCGCAGAUCGAAGCGACGAAUGGGAGGAAGAAGAAUCAGAAUAACAACAACAACAACAACGUGAUGCGUCAGGAGACAUACCAGAGGACGUUGGAGUAUGUGGAGAGCUGUGAGAACUGGAAGAGUUCAGAGAUGGUGUCAAGCAGCACACAUCCGCUGCCCGGCGCAGACAACAUGGUCGUCAACGAUCUGCAAACCUCACUGACUUCGUUUUACGAAGAGAACCAAUACCUCCAAAUGAUACAGUAGGACUAACUCUAGAAAUUAAGUGUAAGGUUUUUGAAUUUGUAUACAAUGUGUUCAAAUUUAUUAAAGGUGCAAAAGAUAUUAAGGUUGUAAUUGAAAUCUCUGAUAGAGACUGAUUAUUUUUAAAAUUGUUAUUUUUGUUUUUGGUAUAGAUGUAAACUGCGAUAAAGUACAGUGUUUUAAACUUUUCAUGAAGACGUACACCUUAGUAAGCGUAAUUUAUAAUGUUGGUGCUGAACUAAGGUAUAUUUUGCUACUAAACUUUAAAAUGACUUUCCAGUCUCCAAAAUGUCUUCCACUGGUUGUUUACGUUGUAAGUACAAUUUCAUAAAUGUAUAAUUUACUUGUAAACAAUGUUAGCUUUUAAAAGAUUGACUAUAAAGAUUACUUAAGUGCCUUGUAUUGUAAAUAAAUUUUGUACAAAUAUAAGUUUAAGACAUAGUUUUUGAUAUGAGACAUAAAAUUCAUCGGUGCCUUUAUAGAUUUAUUUUAAGUUAAUGUCGUGUUUAGUGAUACAUUGAUUCAUUCGUUUGUUCUAAGUAUGUAUCGCAAAUUUUUAAACAUGAUCUUUAAGUAUAGGAUUAUUAUUAUUAUUAUUAGAAUAACUUUAUUUAAUAAUUUGUGGGCAUACCUUAGACGAAAAAGUUUCAAGUUAGCAUACCGAGAUUGAACAUUACUAUGGACUUUCAAUUAGGUACCUAUUUACCUAGCAGAUUCUGCACAGAUUUUCAAUGAGAUUUCUACCUUGACUUCAUUUAAUAAAACUAUAUCGAGAUUACCUUUUAAGCGCCAGCGUUAAAAACCUUUUUAUAUUUUCCAUUUUUACAACAGUUUUGCAUUGAAACGAUUAUUAUUAGUUAUUAGUUUUAAUUUUAUUUUAAGAUUGUUUAGAAUGUAAAAUAGUUUUAAAUGCAAUAUCAGAAACCAAGAUCCAAUUUUUGGAUAUUAAUCUUUUAAAUGUUAGUUUUUAACUUUCCCAUGAGAUUACUAGAUGUAGGGUUUUAAAUUGUUAUUAUUUAAUUAAUCGACAAUGACGCACAACGAUAAAUAGAAGAAGUACUUUAUAUUGUAAUAAAUUAUUGUUUUUACUGUUGUAAAAGACCUAUAUUGUAAGAACAUCUGUGAACAAUAUGAUGACAAAAAUCUUAAAUAAAAUUUCCUAUUACUAUUAAAA